CCGCUACCAGACGUUUCCGUAAGCCUUGAAGAAGAAGUAUGUUUCGAGCCACGCUGUGUCUUGUGGUGCUGAGUGUGCUGGCGGUGGGUCUGGCUGAUGAGGCCGAGGACACGCGGCGCUUCAUCACGAUGCUGGAGCUGGUUAUGAACAACACCCCGCCUGGAGGGUCCCGCAUGUCAGUGAUGAUGGCCAAACUGUGCGACCGUUUCCCCAUCCAGUGUAGCAGGAUCGGAGAGGGGACCUGGACAGGGAAUAUCCACACGAUGAGCCUGGUAAAGAUGAAGCGCCCUCCUAAACGCACGCUGGUUUACUCUCUACUUCUGGCCAGCUUCUUCAUAUCAGGUGGCCUGUAUCCCAGCAUGCAACUGGGCUUGUCAGAAGCGGUGACCAAAUGGCACCCAGAGUCCAAGGAAAUCGGAGAGGAAACUCCGAGCAGUCGGGCAGAAAUCCCUUCUCCAUCCGCGCAUGAGCAGAGGGGGGACCAAGACGAGAAGACGCCGUGGUACAUCAACUUCAUCCGGGCAUUUCUGGAGACGGAGCUCGGGCCAGAUUCCAGGAUCUCCAAAAGGUCAACCAAACACGAGAAACACCACGAUGUCAAAAGCCACGAAGUCAAAGCAAGCAAGCAGGAAAAGAAAACCCACCACCACCACCACGAAAAAGAAGACGAACCUGAAAUGGAAGUCCGUGAAGAAGGGAGGAGCAGUGUCGCCUAUGCUGCCGUUCAAGCCAUGCAGGAAUCAGAAAACGCGCUGCACCAGUUCCUGAGAGAGUCACUCCUGACCAGGUCAGACCAGGAAAUCGAGGAAGAGCUAAACGAGAGAAUGAAGAGACAGGACGAUGGGGACUGGGUGCAGGCGAUGGGCAUCGUGCAUCACUUGAUGUUCCCCAUCGGUCAGAUCUUCUUCGCCUUUCCCGGUGGUUUCGUGGCGGCCAAGGGCUCAGCAGUCAAAAUCCUGGGGACGAUGAUGUUUAUAUCGUGCCUGGUUCACCUGUUCGUGCCCCUGCCCAUGACGUUCCGUGGAAGCCCGCACACCGCCGAUGUCUCCGUGGCCGUCAUGAUGUUUCUGGAAGGCUGCUGUCAGGGAGUGACCAUACCUGCGGCGUACGGCGUGCUUCACCGCUGGGCGCCCAAGUCGGAGAGAAGUACCAUGGUGUCACUCACCUUAGCAACGUAUUACCUAGGAAGGCUGGCUGGUCAGUUUUCGUGUGCUGCCUUGAAACAAGCCCAUGGAUACAUGCCCGCUUUCUACAUCUACGGUCCACUCGGCAUCGUCUGGUCGCUAGUGUGGGUUCUCUCCGUGAAGCCCAACCCAAGUUUAGACGACAACAUCAACACGUCCGAGAGGGACACCAUCAACUCCGGCAAGAACACAGCGCAGGACGGAAGUGAAAUCCCGAUGAAGGAGGUUCUGACAGACCGGAACACGGUGUCAUACCUUGCUACCGGCCUGUGUUUUGCCUGGGGUAUGAGUGUACUGUUGAACCACGCACCGCAGUACUUCGCCGAGAAGGUCGCUCUAGAUGUCGGAAAGUCACCUUGGUUGCUGUGGACCCUUCCCCUGGUGAUGUCAGCUGGGAUGGUGGCAGCCGGGCCGGGAACUGACAUCGCCAUCUAUAAGGGCGCCAGCACAACCACCACACGUAAAGCCGUGACUGGCUUUGCUGGUGCUUGCGUGUUCUCCUUCGUGAUGGCCAUGGCGUUUACCAAGAACCAGGCGUACGCCUACGGAGGGACAGUGGCAUCUAUGGUCAUGAUCGGCAUGGCCAUGGGAGGAGGUUAUGGCGUGACGCCGCUGGACGCCUCGGACCGGUACAGCAGUAUAGUUGUCGGUAUCGGCGUGUCCAUCAACACGGCUCUGUUCCUGGUCAGUCCUGUCGCCGUCAUGGGACUAAGCGGUCCUGGCGGGGCGGCAAAAAGGCAGGUGGAGGCUGUGUCCGGCUGGCGAACAGUCCACAUCGUCACCGCGGUCGUCAUGGGCGUCGCCCCGCUCAUCUACGGCGCCGUGACGGGCGAGGGAGAGAUCUUCAACCAGUAUACCCACAACUCAGCAUUCAGAGGACCUGAAGUCACCAUGGGUCGUCCACCAAAGCGUCUGCUGGUUUAUUCUCUUCUUGUGGUCAGCUUCUUCAUCGCAGGCGGCCUGUAUCCCAGCAUACAGCUCGGUUUGUCAGAGGCGGUGACCAAAUGGUCUCCAUCCUCCAGAUCGGAUAUAGGUCAGGAAACCCAAAGCAGUCGAGGAGAAAUCCUGUCUUCCACGGAGAAAAAAGAAGAACAGAAAACACCAUGGUACAUAAACUUCAUCAGAUCAUUUCUAGAGACAGAACUCGAACCAGAAUCCCGUGUGUCGAAAAGGUCGACCAAACACGGGAAACAUCAUGCCAAAAGUGACGUGGUAGAGGUCAAAAGUGAACAUAAGAAGGAAUCAAGUCACAAACAUGAAGAAGAAUCGUCCCAAGUGACAGAAAGAAGAGGAAAGAGCGGCAUCGCCUAUUCUGCAGUUCGAGCAAUGGAAGAGUCAGAAGAAGCGCUAGACCAGUUCCUCAGAGAAUCGCUCCUGACGAGGUCAGACCAAGACGGGCUGAACGAAAACUUUAAGAAACAGGCCGAUGGAGACUGGGUGAAGGCCAUGGGCGUGGUGCAUCAUCUCAUGUAUCCCAUCGGGCAGAUCUUCUUCGCCUUUCCAGGCGGCUACUUUGCAGCCAAGGGUUCGGCAGUCAAAAUCCUGGGGACGGUGAUGUUUAUAUCGUGCCUGGUUCACCUGUUCGUGCCCCUGCCCAUGAAGUUCCGUGGCGACGCACAUGCCGCUGACGUCUCUGUGGCCGUCAUGAUGUUCAUAGAAGGCAGCUGUCAGGGAGCGACCGUCCCGGCAGCCUAUGGCGUGCUCCACCGUUGGGCUCCUAUAUCGGAGAGAAGUACAAUGGUCGCACUUACCUUAUCAACAUAUUACCUGGGAAAGCUGUCGGGCCAAUUUGCCUGCGCUGCCUUACAAAACGCUCAUGGGUAUCUUCCUGCUUUCUACAUUUACGGCCCCCUGGGUCUCAUCUGGGCCAUAGUGUGGGUCCUCACGGUGAAGCCCAACCCCAGCUUGGACGACAACAUCUCCACAACGGAGAAGGACAAAAUCAACUCCGGCAAGGACACGGGCAUGGAUGGAACUAAAAUCCCGAUGAAGGAGGUUCUGACAGACCGGAACACGGUGUCAUACCUCGCUACCGGCCUGUGUUUUGCCUGGGGUAUGAGUGUACUGUUGAACCACGCACCGCAGUACUUCGCCGAGAAGGUCGCUCUAGAUGUCGGACAGUCCCCUUGGCUGCUCUGGACGUUGCCCUUAGUGCUGGCAGGUGGUAUGGUAGUGGCCGGUCCUGCAGCUGAUGUCCUGAUCAGUAAGGGCGCCAGCACGGUGAAAAUACGGAAAGUUAUCACUGGCAUUGUGUGCAUGUCUGUGUUUUCCCUCGUAAUGGCAAUGGCCUUCACCACAAAUCCACAGUACGCGUACGGAGGGACAGUGGCUUCUUUAGUCAUGAUCGGCAUGGCCAUGGGAGGAGGUUAUGGGGUGACGCCGCUGGACGCCUCGGACAGGUACAGCAGUAUAGUUGUUGGUAUCGGCGUGUCCAUCAACACGGUUCUGUUCCUGGUCAGUCCUCUCGCCGUCUUGGCGCUCAACAAAGUACCAAUGCCUUUGAAAAGACAGGCAGAAGAAGCUGUUGCCGGCUGGCAAAACGUCCACAUCAUCACCGCCGUCGUCCUGAUCAUCGCGCCGGUCAUAUACGGGAUAGUGAUGGGGAAGGGCAAACUGUUGACAUGGCCUCCCAAAAAACCGAAGUUCCCGAAAUUUGAACUACCAUCGUGUCCGACCGGCUGUCCUUCCUUCCCGAAACUGAAGAAGCUGAAGAUGUUGAAACUCCCGUCGGUAAGUUCACUACAGCUGCCUAGCUGGAGCACCAUCAAGAGGAAAUCACAAAAGCGUUACAUCAUGGCCGCCAUGUCUUCACUUGGCUUCAUGAUCCAAUAUGGCGGCCGUGCCAAUCUGGCGGUCUCUAUGGUAACCAUGGUGAUGCCCAACCCCUUGUCGAAGAGGCAGCUACAGUUCUCGAACCUGGACUGGGGCCCGUACUCACAGCUAGUCAUGGGAGCUGUGCACGCCUCCUUCUUCCUGGGUCUGCUCGCCUCUCGCCCGUUCGCGAACCCCAUCCUGCGGCGGGUGUACGCUACCAGGGCAUUCGCCUGUUCUAUCUUCGUGUCGUCCAUCCUGCACCUGCUGAUCCCUGUGUCCGCUGCCGGACACUACAGCGUCAUCAUGCUCGUCAGGAUCCUGCAGGGGAUGGCAGAGGGUAUGACAACACCAGCCAUGUACGGGUUCUGGGUAAAAUGGGCCCCGGCGAGUGAGAUGAGCAGCAUUAGUUCAUUCACCGUCACAGGCCAGUAUAUCGGCAUCGUUGUCGGCAUGGUGGCAUCAGGGUUCUUGGCAGAGUCCGCGGCAGAGUGGCCCUGCUCGUUCUACGUCUAUGGCGGCCUUGGCGUGGCCUGGUCCCUGAUGUGGUUUGCCUCUGUGUACCCGACUCCGGAGUUCGACCCGGGAGUGACGGAGCAGGAGUGGAAAGCCAUCAUGUCUCCUCCUCCUCCUCCUCCUCCUGCUCCAGCCAAGCCUGCGGCUGGUGUGUACAGCGGGGUCCAUUUUGCGCUGUUCACUGUCGGACUGCCUCUGAUCGGUUACCCGGCACGAGCAGCCACCAAGAGCCAAACCGUCUCCACAAACUUCAUCAGAAAGUCAUUCAACUUCUUCGGUCUUGCCAUUGCUGGCAGCUUCCUGUUGUCGACAGGGUUGGCAGGAGACUCGCUGGAGAAGGCCGUGCCGUUCCUCACCAUCGGCUUCGGUGCACUGGCGCUCCCUCUGGCAGCAGGGUACAACGUGAACGCGCUGGACAUCGCGGGGGUUCACGCCAGUAAGUUGAUGGGCGUGUCCGGCGGCCUGUCCACCAUCAUGGGGAUCAUCACGCCCAUCUGUGUAGGAGGAGGUACCCUACAUCAGAACGCCGUAGAGUGGAACAUCAUCUGGACGGUGUCUGCCGGCCUCCUGUUCAGCAGCGCCACCAUCUUCCUCUGCUGCGGCUCGGGGUCGCCUGAAGACUGGUCAGGUGCAGCACCGGCCCCUAGCGAGGCAUCGAGUUCUGCAGCUUCCACAUCAGGAGAUUCAGAGCAGCCUGACUCGGAUGAGAAACCAGCCGACGAGAAGCCCGCAGAAGACAAGCCCGCAGAAGACAAACCAGCUGAAGACAAGCCGGCAGAGUAGCAACCGUUGGAUUAUCUAAAAUGUGCAAGUCAUGGAAAUAGCAACUGAUACUGAUGUUCUAUAAGAUAAAAAGGAUAUUGAUAUAUCAUACAACCCUUUCUCCCCACGAGGAGAAAAAUCAAUUAUCUAUACGGCGCCUUUACGUGUGAGGCUUGGGGCAUUACAAUCAACUGCUUUUCAUUGGGCUUAGGCAUAUUCAUCAGCAGUAAAUUUCAGCUACAUUUUGGAAAAUCGCCCAACAAACAUCUCUGCUGUGUAAUAUGCUUUUGCUUUGAAUUCUAUGACGCUUUCGAGUAGUCUUGUUACAUUAUGUUUAUGAUCUCAGUAUACUUGGAUCGGUGCUACGAUUGUUACUUGAGGAACUAACCCCGAUAAUGGUGAUCAAUGUUUUGUCAUAUUGUUAACAAGUUAUGAUUAUGUCUUUCUCCUGGGUACUUGCAUGGUUUGUUAUGGUAUAGUGUACUUUCAUCUUUUUGUCCUCAUUAACUGAGGUAUAUUGUAAUACAAGGAAAUUUCCUACGAUAUAAUUUAUUCGAGAAAACUUACAAUCUAUUCAAUUUCAAUGUGGAUGCCAUCACAAACCGGUCGACAUAUUGAAAAGUGGUGAAGCUGCCAUACGUACAAAUAUGCAUUUCAUCUGAAAUUGAACAGAAAAUCGGGUACUAAAGACAACACCACGAUAUUGUUCUCCAUUACAACAACAACGAGCUUCAUUACUAAAAGUACAAUGCAAAAAUGCCCCAUUUCCUUCUAAACUCCUAAUAACAGCAAAAGUUUGCAGCACUUAGCUUCGGCGACAAAUAACAAGUUGAGGAGGCAGCCAAGUGGGACGUACCACCUAAGGUGUACUUCACGUUCUCGUAAUGACGUGGAACGUGGCAUUUAGUUUAGAGCCUAGGUUGUAUAUUUUGCCAUCAUGGUGACUGUGCCUUUUUUAUUGCCAACAUACAAAAAUGCUUUGCGUUUAUCAUUUUCCUCGGAGCUGGUAAUAAAGAAAACAACCUUUCGUUUCAAAUUGGGAAGAAUGGGUGAGCAUGCACGACUAAAAUUUGCCCGCAUACGACAUUUUCCUGUAAAACCUACAUACUUCGACAUGUAAGGGCCAUUAUUCAUCCACGAACUCGAACUAUCGACUCUAAAUCUUUUAUUACAUUUCCUUGUCGGGGACUUGAAUUAUGCGGGGAUACAAUGAUGGGUGGCCAUAGGAUUAGUUGCCAUAGUAAUCAAUGAAAUUACAUUAUGGUGUACGUGGUGAUUUUGACAGUGAACAAAUAGCAUAGCCAUCAGGGUCACAGAAAGGCAAGUGUCUGCAAGAGUAAAAUAGCUUCGAAAUACCGUCUUGCUUGUUAUUUUUUGUUACCCCUCAUUACAAGGAGUAACACUGCAUCACGCCAGAGCCGACACACUGUAGUUAACGUGCUUUUUGAUUUGUGAUACUGUUAUUUCACAGUGGAGGUAAUAAAGGUACGAGCUCCUCGUUUGUACAACAAUCACGUUUCUGGCGUGUUC